AUGCCAUGGCAGUCAAACUUCAGCGUCCCCGACUGGUGCUUGGCACUGAAGCAGGUCGACCAACGCUGCGGAGUCGUGGUCUACACCAAUGCCAUCGCAGCGCAACGUCGAAGCUUGAAGUGGCUACAAGCCGUGGAGUUUUUGUCCGCUCUCAGUGCCAGAACGCUCGAAGGCAACGCCGUGACAUGGACUGCUGCCGCAGGCGCGACUGCAGGCGUUUGGCCAAGGUCGCUGCAGAUGGUCUUUGGAGAUAUGCGAGGGCGAUCGAUCCGGCCAAAUGUCAUCACUUUCAGCAGCCUCUUCUCUGCUUGGCCGUUGGCGCAGAAACUCUUGGCCCAGAUGAACAGAUGGAACUUGCGCUCCGACGUGGCCUCGCAGAAUGCUGCGUUGAAAGCCACCGAAGCGUGGCGCUUGGCGCUGCGAAGUUUGGAGGAGAUGCCACAGCGAGGUUUGUCGCCCAACUUCACUUCGCGGAACCUGUGCAUUUCGCUGCUGGACCAUUGGGCAAGGGCCUUGCAGUUGGCACAGGACCUUCUGGGCUACAGCAGCAGCAUCACCAAGUGUCGUUGGUCUACCAGCUCUCAGCUACUUCUGGAGCUGCAGGAGAAGCACCUGGAGCCCGAUCUCAUUGCCUUCAAUGCCACUAUGAAUUCCUAUGGCCACGGCAGGUGGCGCAAUGCCAUGCACUCGUUGCACUCCUUGUACCAAGUCGCUCUCCGUAUUAGCUCAGGGUCCUUGCUUCCAGUCCUCCAAGCCACGUGGCGCGGCGCCCUGUGGCUAUUGCCGCAAGCGCUGCCGCCGCAAGCUGCGGGAAACGGCGAGCUGAUGCGUAGCAUGGGGGCUGCCAUCAGCGCGUGCGUCAAAGGCGAUCGUUGGGCGCAAGCCUUGCGGCUGCACUCCAUGCAGUGCUUUGCAAGGAAUUCGUUAACCUACAACUCGACGGUGAGCGCUUGCGAAGAAGGUGCCCAUUGGCGUUUGGCUCUAGCGCUGAUGGCCGAAAUGCAGGCCGCAAGACUGGAGUUGGACGUCUUCACUUUCAACUCUGCCAUCAGCGCCUCCGAAAAGUGCAAACGCUGGAAGGAGGCCGUCCAGCUCUUCACUGGCUGCGGACACGGCGACGUUGACGUCGACGUCUUGACCUUCGCCAGCACGCUGAAAGCCGUGCGAAACGGUGGAGCCACGUGGCACCUGCAACUGUCCUUAAUGGAAGAGCUGGAGCCUUCUUCCGUGGCUCUCAAUGCCAUUUGCUGUGGCGAGGCCAUAGCCAUUUGCGACCUUAGUGCACGCUGGAGGCGGCAAAGGCAGUUCUUAGCCUUGCUGCCAGAACAGGGCCUUGCGGCCCUUCGGGCGAUGGCGUAA